AUGGAACAAUCUGUCUUCGCCGAUGCAAUACUCGAUCAUCGUCAAGAUUUAAGUGAUGCACACAGUGUCGAUUCCACAUUUAGUAAUGAUAGUGGAAUUGUGGUAGCACAUGAAGCAUUCGAACAUGAUUUAACGGCAGAAAAAUUACUUAAUGAAUUACAACGUGUCAAAGAAGAUCUCAAAUCAAAAGAUAGUGAAGUUCGUCGAGCACAUGAAAUGCGUGACAAUGCGGACAGAGAAAUUGAAGAUUUGACAGCAUCAUUAUUCGAAUCUGCACAUUCAAUGGUUGAACAAGCCAAAUACGCUCAAGCGAAUGCUGAACAAAAAUUAAAAAAUUCAAAUCAAACAAUUGAAGCGCUAACAGUUGAGAAUAGUCAAUUGAAAAAAACAGUUCAUGAAUUAAAACAAAUUUUAAAUUCGUGCCGGUCAUCGUCCGAUAUGUCAACAACUCAGAAUAGUAUCGAUAAUAUUUUAUCGAGAGAAUUUACAUGUUGGGAAGAAAAGCCAUCCAUUGAACGAGAUUCAUCUGUAUUUAUGUAUCGCAUUUAUAAUGAAGAUAUUUUACCAUGUUUAACAUUUCCUAAUGCUGAUCUUUCGUCAAAAGUUCUAGCGGCCAUCGAAACAAAUGAUGUGGCCAUGGAAGCGUGCCAUUCAAAAGGGAAUAUGAAAACUUGCUCACUAAUGGGUGAACUGUGUCAAUGUGAUUAUCGUGUUCGAUUAGGUGAAAAUAGUCAAUGGUGGCUAUUAUCAAGUCUAGCUCGAAAUCGAAUUGCAGCAGUUUGUGACUUUUUUACGUUUAUUCGUCAUGUGCAAUGUGGUCUGGUGAAAAUUGAUGCUCAAAGUCGUUAUAAUAAAGUAAUAGAACUACGCAAGCAAAUGGCAUUUGCUCGUCUUGGAUUGUAG